AUGCGGAAGAAGCUUCGGGACGAAUGCGACGAGUACGGGAGAACAAAGCUGAGGUGCGGGAAGGCGCUAAAGAAGAAUGGAACGGCGGCCGCAGAAAAUGCGGGUUCUGGUUGCAAUAAAGGACGGAAGAACAAGGACCGCAGAUCCGUGUUGCACGAAAGCGAUCUACAUGAGGUUCUGCAAAAUCCUGUACUCUUCUCAGGUGCAGGUUAA